AGCUCUGAUUUGUUUAUGCUAAAAAAAACCACGCAAGUUCCAAACGUUUGGAUUAUUGCAGUUGGCUGCUGAGUCUCUGACGUCGACGUUUCCAUGCUUAAUUAACCGGAAAAUGUUGCGAAUACGUCGGCGCUUCGCUUUGGUAAUUUGCUCCGGUUGCCUGCUGGUUUUCCUCAGCCUGUACAUAAUCCUCAACUUUGCGGCGCCGGCAGCCACCCAAAUAAAGCAGCCCAACUAUGAGAACAUAGAGAACAAGCUGCAGGAGCUGGAAAAUGGUUUGCAGGAGCACGGGGAGGAGAUGCGGAAUCUUAGGGCGCGUCUGGCCAAAACAUCCAACCGUGACGAUCCAAUAAGACCUCCACACAAAGUGGCUCGCUCUCCGAGGCCAGGACACUGCCAAGAUGUGGUCCAGGACGUGCCCAAUGUGGACGUACAGAUGCUGGAGCUAUACGAUCGCAUGUCCUUUAAGGACAUCGAUGGAGGCGUGUGGAAACAGGGCUGGAACAUUAAGUACGAUCCCUUAAAGUACAACGCCCAUCACAAGCUGAAAGUCUUCGUGGUGCCGCACUCGCACAACGAUCCUGGAUGGAUUCAGACGUUCGAGGACUACUAUCAACACGACACCAAGCACAUCCUAUCCAAUGCUCUCAGGCAUCUGCAUGAAAAUCCUGAGAUGAAGUUCAUCUGGGCGGAGAUCUCCUACUUUGCUCGGUUCUAUCACGAUUUGGGCGAGAACAAAAAACUGCAAAUGAAGUCCAUUGUGAAGAAUGGACAGUUGGAAUUUGUGACUGGAGGAUGGGUAAUGCCGGACGAGGCCAACUCCCACUGGAGAAACGUACUGCUGCAGCUGACAGAAGGCCAAACCUGGCUGAAGCAAUUCAUGAAUGUUACACCCACUGCCUCCUGGGCCAUCGAUCCCUUCGGACACAGUCCCACUAUGCCGUACAUUCUGCAGAAGAGUGGCUUUAAGAAUUUGCUUAUUCAGAGGACGCACUAUUCGGUGAAGAAGGAACUGGCCCAACAGCGCCAGCUUGAGUUCCUUUGGCGCCAAAUCUGGGACAACAAAGGGGACACAGCUCUUUUCACCCACAUGAUGCCUUUCUACUCGUACGAUAUUCCUCACACUUGUGGUCCAGAUCCCAAGGUGUGUUGCCAGUUCGAUUUCAAACGAAUGGGCGCCUUCGGUUUGAGCUGCCCGUGGAAGGCGCCACCGCGUGCAAUCACUGAUCAAAAUGUGGCAGCUCGCUCAGAUCUGCUGGUUGAUCAGUGGAAGAAAAAGGCUGAGCUGUAUCGCACGAACGUACUGCUGAUACCGUUGGGCGACGACUUCCGCUUCAAGCAGAACACCGAGUGGGAUGUGCAGCGCGUGAACUACGAAAGACUGUUCGAACACAUCAACAGCCAGGCGCACUUCAAUGUCCAGGCGCAGUUCGGCACUCUACAGGAAUAUUUCGAUGCAGUGCACCAGGCGGAAAGGGCAGGGCAAGCCGAGUUUCCCACGCUAAGCGGUGACUUUUUCACAUAUGCCGAUCGAUCGGAUAACUAUUGGAGUGGCUACUACACAUCUCGCCCGUAUCACAAGCGCAUGGACCGCGUCCUUAUGCACUAUGUACGUGCAGCAGAAAUGCUCUCGGCUUGGCACUCCUGGGACGGCAUGGCCCGCAUCGAGGAGCGCCUGGAGCAGGCGCGCAGGGAAUUGUCAUUGUUCCAGCACCACGACGGUAUAACAGGCACUGCCAAGACGCACGUGGUCGUCGACUACGAGCAACGCAUGCAGGAAGCUUUGAAAGCCUGUCAAAUGGUAAUGCAACAGUCGGUGUACCGUCUGCUGACAAAGCCAUCCAUCUACAGUCCGGACUUCAGUUUCUCUUACUUUACGCUGGACGACUCCCGCUGGCCUGGAUCUGGUGUGGAGGACAGUCGAACUACCAUAAUAUUGGGCGAGGAUAUACUGCCCUCCAAGCAUGUGGUGAUGCACAACACCCUGCCCCACUGGCGGGAGCAACUGGGGGGCUUUUACGUAUCCAGUCCGUUUGUAAGUGUUACCGACUUGGCGAACAACCCGGUGGAGGCACAGGUGUCUCCCGUGUGGAGCUGGCACCACGACACACUCACCAAGACUAUUCACCCACAAGGCUCCACCACCAAGUACCGCAUCAUCUUCAAGGCUCGGGUGCCGCCCAUGGGUCUGGCCACCUACGUGUUAACCAUUUCCGAUUCCAAGCCAGAACACACCUCGUACGCAUCGAAUCUCUUGCUCCGUAAAAACCCGACUUCCGUACCAUUGGGUCUGUACCCGGAAGAUGUGAAGUUUGGCGAUCCUCGAGAGAUCUCAUUGAGGGUUGGUAACGGACCCACUCUGGCAUUUUCGGAGCAGGGCCUCCUUAAGUCCAUCCAGCUCACCCAAGAUAGCCCGCACGUGCCGGUGCAUUUCAAGUUCCUCAAGUAUGGCGUUCGAUCGCAUGGCGACAGAUCCGGUGCCUAUCUGUUUCUGCCCAAUGGACCAGCCUCGCCAGUCGAGCUAGGUCAACCGGUGGUCCUGGUGACCCAGGGCAAAUUAGAGUCGUCCGUAAGCGUGGGACUUCCGAGUGUGGUGCACCAGACGAUAAUGCGCGGUGGAGCACCUGAGAUACGCAAUCUAGUGGACAUUGGCUCACUGGACAACACGGAGAUCGUGAUGCGCUUGGAGACUCAUAUCGACAGUGGCGACAUCUUCUACACGGAUCUCAAUGGACUGCAAUUCAUCAAGAGACGGCGUUUGGACAAACUACCUUUGCAGGCCAACUAUUAUCCCAUACCCUCUGGCAUGUUCAUCGAGGACGCCAAUAUGCGACUCACUCUUCUCACGGGUCAACCGCUGGGUGGAUCUUCCCUGGCUUCGGGUGAGCUGGAGAUUAUGCAGGAUCGACGUCUGGCCAAUGACGAUGAACGCGGCCUGGGACAGGGUGUUUUGGACAACAGGCCGGUGCUGCAUAUUUAUCGCCUGGUGCUGGAGAAGAUUAACAACUGUGCUCGACCGUCAGAGCUUCAUCCUGCCGGAUAUUUGACCAGUGCCGCUCACAAGGCUUCACAGUCACUGCUGGACCCGCUGGACAAGUUUAUAUUCGCUGAAAAUGAGUGGAUCGGGGCACAGGGACAGUUUGGCGGUGACCAUCCUUCGGCUCGUGAGGAUCUCGAUGUGUCGGUGAUGCGACGCUUAACCAAGAGCUCCGCCAAAACCCAGCGAGUGGGCUAUGUUCUACACCGCACCAAUCUGAUGCAAUGCGGCAAUACAGAGGAGCACGCACAGAAGCUGGAUGUGUGCCACCUACUGCCGAAUGUGGCAAGAUGCGAGCGCACGACGCUGACCUUCCUACAACAUUUGGAGCACUUGGAUGGCAUGGUGGCACCGGAAGUGUGCCCCAUGGAAACCGCCGCUUAUGUGAGCAGUCACUCAAGCUGAUCGCAACGUGUUCACGCAAAGGAUGAAAAAAGAAUCUGAAGCCAAGCGACCAAAUCCCAAUCUAUGAAUCUCGGACGCUAAUCCACUGCAAUACAGGCAAUCUUCGUUUAAUGUUCGACUCAAGCACUGACUGCACCGAAAGACGUAAUGCGUAAUCCAUACUACGUAUCAUUUAUUUAUUCAAGCUUCCACACGAGGGUUUGGAAAUUCAAUCCUAUGACGCAGCGGUGUAUUAUUCGCACCCCCCAUGUAACUACACGUUUUACUCUGUUUCCCCUAGGUUUUUACGUUUUUUGUGAUAUCCAUCCAGUCCCACAGCAAGCAAUACAUGUCUGUAUUCGAUAUCCCCAAUGGGGCAUUGCCUAUAACAAUGAAUCGUAACUAUAACUAACGUUUAACUGUAAAGUAGGCUUAGUGUUAAUGACGCAACUGCAACUGAAAUGAUAUUAAUCUCGACGUUUGUUUUUUACAAAUUGAAUAAAAUUGAGUCUCAUUUAGAAUCGA